UACCUCUGCAAAUGGAUUCUAACGCACCUCUUUCCAUGGCUACGCUACACAGCGAUACAAGUUUGGAAGAGGAGUUCAUUCUGGCCGGGCCUGGUUCUUCUAAAGGGGAGGAGGACUUCCUCUCUAUCACUGCCUCGCGCCUCAGCCGCAGGAAACGCGUUAUUGGCGCGGCAGUGGGCGUGGCCAUGGUGCUGGUGCUACUGGUCGCUAUUCCGCUAUUGGUCCAUAGCACCAAACUGGGUGGGUCUGGAGGUGGAGGUACGCAUUAUGAGAUGCUUGGAAGCUGCAAGAUGGUCUGUGACUCUUUAACACCCACCAAUGAACUAACACCUGUUUCGCCUCCUCCUCCCGACACCCCUGGACGCAGAGGAGGAGGCAAGUCGGGUUUUCGUGGAAACCAAGGGCCACCAGGUCCACGUGGGCCACCUGGAGAACCAGGAAAGCCAGGUCCGCCUGGACCUCCAGGUCCAGGCCCAGGGGGAUACAUCCCAUCGUUCUAUAGCCCCAAAAUUGCCUUCUAUGCUGGUCUGCGCAAGCAACAUGAAGGGAGUGAGAUUCUCAAGUUUGAUGAUGUGGUGACAAAUGUAGGGAAUUACUAUGAGCCUACCACAGGCAAGUUCACCUGUCCUCUUCCUGGAAUCUACUUCUUCACCUAUCACGUGCUCAUGAGGGGCGGAGAUGGAACUAGCAUGUGGGCCGACCUCAAGAAGAAUGGACAGGUGAGGGCCAGUGCGAUUGCUCAGGAUGCCGAUCAGAAUUAUGACUACGCCUCUAACAGUGUGAUCCUGCAUUUAGACGUGGGAGAUGAAGUAUGCGUGCAGCUGGAUGGCGGAAAAGUGCAUGGAGGAAACACCAACAAAUACAGCACAUUCAGCGGCUUUCUCAUCUACCCCGACUAACAAAUACACAAACAUUCAAAAAUAUAAAUAUAUUAUCACAUAUUUAACACCAUCACAUCAGGCCAACUGAUAGACAACAACAUCUGAUACAAGCGAUACAACAUGAUAUAACGCCAAGAGAGAAAAAAACAGUAAAAUGAACUUCAAAACUGAUAGUAUACUUUCUGAUUAUAGUGACAAAGUCAACAGCAUUGGUAACCCAUUUUAUUUUCAUAUAUGAUGUAAUUCAAAGUGAAACAGGAUAUUUAAAGAGAAAAAACAUAUGCUGGGACUUGAUUUUAUGUGUUGAUUUUAUGUGGUCUGUCUUAGUGCAUAAUCUAAAUUUUGUCUACUUCCAUAAAAAAUGUUUGUUUUAAGCAUAAGCCUCAAUCAAUUUAAAUUAAAAAAAAAAAU